AUGUCAUCGUUCUUGUACCAAAGACCAAUUCACAACCCACUUUCAGAUCCAUACCCAAUAUCCCCGCGCUCUUCGUCAAAUUCUCAAAAAUCGUAUUCGAUCUUCAGCCCCACAACGCUUCUAGUCCUUCUCUCACUCAUGGUGGUCAUGGGGGUCUUCUUUCCCUGGGUGGGCAUGCGAGAGAGCCUAUUCUCAGUCACCAAGCCCUCAAUCUCAAAGUGGCGGGACUAUACAUUGGCUCAAGCUGUUUCAUUCGUGGCCCAAAAUGGGACUGUGAUUGUUUGUGCUGUGAGCCAGCCUUACUUGCCUUUUUUGAACAAUUGGUUGAUAAGCAUUACCAGGCAAAAGCACCAGGACAAGGUGCUUGUGAUUGCUGAAGAUUAUGCUACGCUUUAUAAGGUGAAUGAGCGGUGGCCGGGCCACGCAGUGCUUGUCCCGCCUGCACUUGAUUCUCAAACUGCCCAUAAGUUUGGUUCUCAGGGAUUCUUCAACUUUACUUCCCGAAGGCCACGCCACCUGUUGCACAUUUUGGAGCUUGGAUACAAUGUUAUGUACAAUGAUGUUGAUAUGGUCUGGUUGGCUGAUCCUUUUCCCUAUUUGGAAGGGAAACAUGAUGUGUACUUCACAGAUGAUAUGACUGCAGUCAAACCUCUGAACCACUCUCAUGAUCUGCCGCCUCCAGGGAAGAAAGGGCGCACUUAUAUAUGCAGCUGUAUGAUUUUUCUACGUCCAACCAGUGGAGCAAAAUUAGUUAUGAAGAAGUGGAUUGAGGAAAUGAAAGAUCAACCGUGGUCCAGAGCAAAGAAGGCCAAUGAUCAGCCUGCUUUUAACUGGGCACUAGACAAACUUGAUAACAAGGUGGAUCUCUACCUACUGCCGCAGGCAGCAUUCCCAACUGGAGGGUUAUACUUCAAGAACAAGACUUGGGUGCAGGAAACUAAAGGGAUGCAUGUUAUAAUCCACAACAAUUAUAUCUUGGGUUUUGAGAAGAAGAUAAAGCGCUUCCAUGAUUAUGGUCUCUGGUUGGUUGAUGAUCAUGCCCUCGAGUCCCCUCUUGGGAGAAUAUGA